AUGAUGCGUUCAACUUUCUUUUUCUCCCUGCUUGCGGGCACGGCCUUUGCUCAGCUUGCCGAAAACAACUUGAAGACCCACGUCGGAAGUUUGAAGCUUUCUGCACCCUUCAAUCCGAUCAAAGAAGCGUACUGGACUGGACUCCCUCACCAUCGCCGCACUCCCUUUGCUGUCUCGCCAGAUGGCAAGUCAGCAUACCUUGCGUACCUAGACGCUUCCGAGACGGACGUACAUAUCCAGAAAGUCGACCCUGCUACCUUUGCGACCGUAGGCGAUGCAGUGACCGUCACUGGUGGAAAGGAAGCUGGUGGUCUAGUUGCUCACAAUGACGGUUUCGCUUUACUCACUAACGAGGCCAUGCCGUCAGGCACCACCAACGCGCCGCCUGAUAGUACCCCAGUAGCUGUCUUGUACCGCUACACUGCUGGCAAGCAGACCUUCAAGACGUUUUUGGGCGGCCCUGACAACGUUGGCGGUAUGGGCGCACUGGCGUCCCCGGACAUGAACGGAGACCUUGCUUUCUCUGAGGCCACUGGCAUGUACGGUGCUUACUUCGUCGUCACCGCGUACUCUGGCGAUGCCAAGGGUCAUUUUGGUGACGCCAUCCAAUACGUUAGCGAGAACGGCACGCUCGAGCAGAUCCAGGGUGCUAGUUCAAGCUGGGGAUGCUCACACAACACUGGUAUCGCAUUCGAGGCCGCUGAUUCUGUUCCGUUUCCUAGCAUCUGUUCCGAGGACCAGGGUGCCAUUUGGCUUAACACUGGAGGUACUGGAAUGGACAAGAGCGGUGUCAAGGUCUCCAACGAAAACGUCCAGAAUGGUGCUGGAAAUGAGGCUAUGGGUGGCAUGUCCGGAUCCUACAGUGGUCUUGCACGCUUCAUCGACAGCGACUCCUACAUCUUCUCCUGGGUUUCGCGUGGCGCCAAGGAUCUGACCGAGAACGAGUGGAUGGGCGCAGGCUACACUCACUCCGAGAACCGCACUGUCAACCGCAACGUUGCCAUCGCUACCUUCUCAGACAAGAAGACAAUUGUUGGCGAGCAAGCUACCUCUGAACUUGGCCCCGAUGGUGACUCACAAGUCAACUGGAUCACCACAGGCUCUGCUGACUGCCAGAACGCUCACGUUGCUGCCUUUGAUGGCACCAGCGCUCUCGUCACCUGGGAGGAGAUCGCUGAGCCUACGUGCGAGUUCGUUGCCAUGGGCUGCAAGGGUGCCUUUACUGGCUCUUACUUCCAGCUCGUCAAGGACGGCAAGAAGGUUGGCGAGCCGGUCAAGUCCAUGGACGUCUACGUCGCGGGAGACAUGGUUACCAUGGCUGAUGGUCGGGUAUGCUGGCCUUACGUUGACAUGGACUGGACACUUGACGCACCAGUGCGUAACCCCGCAAAGGUAGAGGCUAUCAGCUUCGCAUGCAUGGGCCUGAGUGGCAACGAGUCGGCUGCACCUGCUUCCUCUGCCCCAGCUGCCUCAGCCCCAGCUGCCUCAAAGACACCAGCUCCCUCAUCCAAGGCUCCCGUCGCUACUUCUGCGGCUGUCAAAGAAUCAGCUCCUGUAAACGAGGUUGCCGAGUCUACCGAACAAACCCCAGCCGUUGAAACACCUGCUGAGUAUGCUCCAACGCCCGCCCCAAACCCGAUCGAGUCCCUGCUCCCCAUAGCUCCCAUCGUCUCUGUCAUCACAUCUGCGCUUGAAGCUAUUCCAUCAGGCUUCCUUCCCGACAACGACCUUCCCGCGCCCUUCCUGUCAAUCUUCAUUCCGGCUUCUGAGUCUUUCAUCGCCUCUCUUGCACCUGCUUUCACCGAAAGUGCUAAGAUACCUCUUCUGUCCCUUGAGCCAGUAUACUCCAGCACCCCCAGCUCUUUGGUCGCUGAGCCUACCGUCGAGCCUACAGCUUAUCCUGAAUACCCAGAGGCUACUCCUAUUGUCGAACCAUCUCAGCCAGCAGCUACUCCUAUCGUUGAACCUUCCCAACCCGCGGUGACUCCCACCGUCGAACCGACUCAACCCGCAGCUUCAACAACAUGUACCGAAGGCAAGACCCAGAGCACUCGCGUACCCCUUGACGCCACUCUUUCGGCAGAUGCUCCCCCCUACCCUAUCGGUACAGGCUCAGCCGCCUACCCCACUGGCAGUGGUAUGCGCCCCUCCGGUAUCGCGCGCCCCACUGGUGCUGGCCGUCCAGACUGGUUCCAUGGUAGCCGUCCAGAUGGUAGCUUUGGCUGGGGUCGCCCCAGGCCUUCCGCCAGGAUGACUGAGGAAUCAGAGCUCGUAACGAUCGAUCCGAACGGCGACAUGCUCAUCAUAUUGAAAGACCCGAACACGGCACUGUUGGAGUGGAAAGAAGACAAGGACUUAUUGGAGGAAACGAUCGCUCAGGCAGCAGCUGAAGCGACUGAGACAGUCAACAACAGCGAAGUUGCACCGCUAGAGCGAGAAUUACCCAAAACUCGGUAUCUGGUGUCAUCGCGGCAAAUGCGUAUCGUAUCACCUUACUUUGAAAACAUGUUCAAAUUCAACUAUGGCGAGACAGUUUCGGUUUUCGAGGAUGAUCUAUAUCAUGUCCAAGCACAAGGGUGGAACCCAGAAGCAUUUGCCGUGGUGCUCAAUGUCGCGCAUGUCCAACUUCAAGCCAUACCGAAAAAGGUCAGCCUCGCUUCGUUCGCUUGGCUCUACGUUAUCGCAGACUAUUACCAGAUGGAGGGUGUCUUGGGACUAUUCACAACGGAGUGGUUGAACCAACUGAAGCGGCAACCGAUGCCGAUAACCUACAGUAAGGAGCUUGUACUCUGGAUGUUCUUGAGUGUGAAACUCCAAGACAUGGAGACUUUUAACCACAUGGCAUUAAUUGCGACAAGGAAAGCUUGCUAUCCCAUACAGUUUCUGGAUCUACCCUUUCCUCCAGGAGGGCAAGUACACAAGCUUGAUGGCAUGCGGUGUGCCGCUAUUGAAAAGCUUCUGGGUGGUGUACGUAAACUUAUCAGAGAGCUGUACCAAGGCAAGGAGGGGUGUUCGGAGGCAUGUUCGGGCAUGCUGUUAGGGUUCUUGCAGCGGGCCUUGUGGAAAGAAGAUCUACAGGGUGUCGUUUCAGAACAUCGUCAACGUCCCUUCGAAGGAAUUGGGUUUGAUUCACUUCUUUGCGAGAUCGAGGAGAUAGGAACUCCCUCUGAUGGUAUAUGGGAUUUGCCCAACUGCUGUCUACUUGAAGACCUUCUUUUUCCGAUCCGUUGCGAUGCUGCGGCUUGCCUAGAGCUGGAUAUAAGCAUUGCAGAAUACCAGGGGCAAUAG